AAACACUCUACCUAGCUUACCCGUUUAACGCCCCCGAUUUCAUCUUCUCCGUCAGUCCUCUUCUCUCUCUUCUCUCUUUUUCACCUCACUGAAACAAGACAUAUCUCGAGGUGGAGCAUGCACAACAAUGGGGAAGAAGGCUCUCCAUCGGUGCAUGUUUUGCGCGGUGAGGCAUUACUCGAGAAUUUCUCCUCCUCCACCUGCUUCGGCCAACCCGAUCAUCAGAGUUUCCAACAACAUCGCUCGGUUGGGCUGUCCAAAGGAGGGCCCCAAGCCCCGACAGCUUCUAUCUUUGCCUCCCUUCCCUACACACCCCUUGCCCGGAAAGAACCAGUCCUCUCAUGUCACUGCGAUCAGUUGGGUUAAGUACUAUUUUGCUGUAAUCCGCGAUUCUGUCAUCCAAUCCCAUUUUAACAAAGGACUUGUCCAGAUGGACUGUUCUAAUAUGGAUGGCUCAGUUGUAGAAAAGGAUUUACUAAUAAAAUCUUUGAGACAGAUCAAGCCUAAUGAAGUCAUGGAGGUGGGGGCACGAGUUCUCGUACCUGUAUCUGUCCCUGAGAUGAGGAUUUCCAAGAGAUUUGACACUAUACCCCGGGGAACACUAUAUCCAAAUGCAGAUGAGAUAGCAUACUUGCAAAGGCUUGUCAUCUACAAGGACUCUGCUAUACUCAUUCUAAAUAAGCCCCCCAGAUUGCCAGCCAAGGGGAACCUGCCUGUCCAUAACAGCAUGGAUGCUUUGGCAGCUGCAGCUUUGACUUACGAUUAUGAUGAGGGCCCUAAGCUGGUGCAUCGGCUUGACAUAGAGAGCAGUGGCCUGCUCUUAAUGGGGAGGACACAAGAAAGCAUAGCUCAUCUUCAUUGGUUGUUUACCAGCAUAAACCUUGCAAAGUCAUCAUCAAAGGCUUGGAAUGAUGCAUGCCAAGCAACAUGCCAAAGGUAUUGGGCAUUGGUCAUAGGCUCUCCCAAGGAAAAAGAAGGCUUAAUUUGUGCUCCUCUGUCAAAGGUGCUUCUUGAUGAUGGAAAGACUGAACGGGUCAUCUUGGCUCAUCCCUCAGGUAUUGAAGCUUCCCAAAAGGCUGUGACUGAGUAUAGGGUGCUGGGCCCUAUGAUAAACGGGUGCUCUUGGAUUGAACUCUGUCCACAUACUAAUCAGAAGCAUCAGCUCCGUGUUCAUUGUGCUGAAGCUCUUGGCACGCCAAUUGUUGGCGACUACAAAUAUGGUUGGUUUGUACACAAGAGAUGGAAGCAAGUGCCUCAUGUUGAUGUCGAGCCAACAACUGGGAAACCCUACAAGCUACGAAGGCCAGAAGGUCUGGAUGUUCAGAAGGGAAGUGUCUUGUCUAAGGUCCCAUUGUUACAUCUACACUGCAGAGAGCUCGUACUGCCCAAUAUGGCAAAGUUUCUUAAGAUUUUAGGUCAGAAGUCAGAAAACCAUUGCCCAAAUCUUACAUCCCAGCUGGAUACCCUUCGAUUUGUGGCAUCCAUGCCAACACACAUGAAAAUUAGUUGGAAUCUCAUGUCCUCUUAUCUUGUGUGAGAAAUUAAAAUUAUUUGUACGUACUGUCUUGGCCCAUUGGUAAUAUGUGGGCACCUUAAUGGAUUGCUUGGCGAUUAAAAUUUUGCCUCAUGGCGAACAAA